AUGGAUCCCGUCUUGGAGUCCUGCAAACAUGGGUGGCCUUUGGAGCCUCAGUGUGCCCAGGUAGCUGAGCUUCUGUUCUUCGCCUUGUUCAGUGUUAUUAAUGGGAUCUUGUUCUUUUUGCCCAUCACUUCCUCUUAUCGAAGACUUAGAGGAUUACCUAUAUCUUUUUAUGGAACAGUAUUGACGACUGUUCUGAUCAUUGCUCUUUCAACAUCUUACAUUUUCUACGCUUUCUAUGUUCAUAAAUACAGUUAUGUUCUGGCUGCUCUACUUCUAGCGAAAGAGCUCUUCUGGCUUAUAACCUUAGCUGUCUUUAUCAAGUACUGCAAAGAAAGUCAUCUCCAUGCAUCAGUGGCAUUAUCCAUCACAGGAGUCUGCUUGGUUCAACUUAUUCCUCUGACUUAUUGGAAGAAAUAUGUGGACGAGAAAUAUCAUAAAGACGGCGAAUUCACCUUCUAUCUGGUCGAAUCUGCAAUGAUCGCCAUUCUCUUCCUUUUCAGUAUGUGCUCAAACUUCGUAAAGUCCAACCCCGACUCUACAUGGAAUGGCUUUUCACGGAAGAUUUCCUUGAUCCUCCCAUACAUUUGGCCGAAAAAGUCCAUUCCUUUGCAACUUCGUGUGGUGUUUUGUCUCUUCUUGUUGCUUAUCGGACGUCUUAUCAAUGUAGUUCUGCCAUUGUACAGUAAAUGGAUAGUCGAUGGUUUGAGUCAUCCCCAGAACUUCCAAUUUUCACUCAUUAUCGUUUCGACGUUCCUCAAAUUUUUACAAGGGAAUGGAGGUGCUAUGGGAGGAUUUUUGAACACCAUAAGAACGUAUCUAUGGACUCCAAUCCAACAGUACACAACUAAGGAAUUAGAAGUGGAGCUCUUUGCUCAUUUGCAUUCCUUAUCCCUGAGGUGGCAUUUGUCAAGAAAAACUGGUUUAGUGUUGAGAGUUAUGGAUAGAGGAACAGGAUCGGUUAACAGUAUUUUGAAUUAUGUACUAUUCAACAUUGUGCCUACUAUUGCUGAUAUAAUCAUUGCUGUAGUCUUCUUCUUCACGACAUUCAACAGUUACUUUGGCAUGAUUGUGUUUGUUACAAUGGCAUUAUACUUGGUUUUGACCAUUUAUAUAACGGAAUGGAGAACACAAUUCAGAAGGGAAAUGAACGAGAAGGAAAAUGCUAGCAGUGCCAUCGGUACUGACUCUUUGUUGAAUUAUGAAACAGUGAAAUACUAUGGAAACGAAGACUAUGAAGUCAAUCGGUUCAAGGAAUCUAUCGAAAGUUUCCAAGUGGCUGAAUGGAAAGCAGCAGCUUCUUUAGCCCUUCUCAACUUUUUCCAAAAUGGAAUUAUAGGAAUGGGUCUAACAGCGGGAUCUCUCUUAGUGGCUUACCUCAUCACAAUUGACAACAAGCUCACCGUUGGUGACUAUGUUCUGUUUUCAACUUACAUCAUCCAAUUGUAUUCGCCACUCAAUUUCUUCGGAACAGUCUACAGAACAAUUCAGAAAUCAUUCAUCGAUAUGGAAAACAUGUUUGAUUUGAUGAAUGAAGAUGUUGAAGUUCAAGAUACUGUUGGAGCUAUAGAGUAUACUCCCAAAUCUGGAACUAUUUCUGUCAAGAACUUGUGUUUCCAUUAUACUGAGAACAAUCAAGUACUCAAUAAUAUCUCGUUCGAGGUUUCAAGUGGACAAACCAUUGCUUUGGUCGGGCCAUCUGGCAGUGGAAAAAGUACGAUGAUUCGUCUGCUUUUCCGUUUAUUCGAACUGAGUGAUGGAUCUAUUUCAUUUGAUGGACAUGAAAUUAGAGAUAUCAAAUUGAAGUCUUUGAGAAAGUCUAUAGGAAUAGUUCCUCAAGAUACAGUGUUGUUCAACGACACCAUUCUAUACAACAUCCGUUUUGGAAAUCCAUCCGCCAGUUUAGAAGAAGUCAUGGAUGCUGCUAAGGCUGCCAUGAUUCACGAAAAAAUUUUAUCUUUGCCUGAUGGUUACAAUACCAUGGUUGGUGAGCGUGGACUCAAGCUGUCUGGAGGAGAAAAACAGAGAGUUGCUAUUGCGAGAACAAUUCUUAAACAGCCACAGUUUAUAUUCUUGGACGAAGCAACAUCUGCUUUGGAUACAAACACUGAAAGAGCUAUCCAAAAAUGCCUUGAAGAACUAUGCUCAACUCGUACUGGUGUGGUUGUGGCUCAUCGUCUGAGUACGAUUGUUAAUGCUCAUUGCAUUCUUGUAUUAGAGAAAGGACAAGUAGUUGAGAGUGGAAAUCAUCCAACUCUCAUGGCCAAAAAAGGAAUGUAUUACCACAUGUGGGAAAGCCAAAACGCCAAAGCUCACAAAAAUUGA